CCACGAUCCUUUUCAAAGGAGCAUAAAUCCAUGCUUUUUAAUACAUUCAGUAUCCCCACCACCGCCGCCAUGCGCACUUUCACCGCCGCCACCUCGCACACUCCUGCGGCCGCAGCCGGAUUCCGUUCCAUCUCCUCCCAUUUUCGAAACCAUAAAAAACUCCAAUUCUCAUAUCCUAAACAAUCCCUUUCUUUUAAAACCCUAACCAACACCAGCACAUUCAAAACCCUAUCUCCUCUCAAAUCCUCCACUUCCUCCGCCGAUCUAUCUCCCACCGACUCUUCCAACACCGCGAUCUCCACCUUCACAACCACAACCUCCUCUCUCAAAUCUCGCCUCCGAAAUGGCGAAGUUCUCUACGGAAUCUUCCUCCUUAGCUUCUCUCCCACUCUCGCCGAAAUCUCCGGCCUCGCCGGAUACGACUUCGCCGUCGUCGACAUGGAGCACGGUCCCGGAGGAAUAACCGAAGCACUCAACUGUCUCCGAGCACUCGCCGCCACUCAAACGCCGGCGAUCAUCCGAUUACCGGAAACCUGCCCUACCUGGGCGAAAAAGGCGCUAGAUCUCGGUCCAGACGGAAUAAUGUUCCCGAUGAUCGAAAGUUCAAAAAUGGCGAAAAAAGCGGUGUCGUAUUGCCGUUUUCCGCCGAAAGGCAUACGUGGAUCCGCCCACACAGUAGUACGAGCAUCGAGUUACGGAAUCGACGAGGGGUAUUUAAGUAAUUACGAAGAUGAGUUGUUAAUUAUGUGUCAAGUAGAGAGCGAAGACGGUGCUAAAAAGGCCGACGAAAUCGCAGCCGUUGAUGGGGUUGAUUGUAUACAAAUGGGACCGUUGGAUUUAAGUGCUAGCAUGGGGUACUUAUGGGACCCGGGGCAUAAGAAAGUUAAAGAAAUGAUGAGAGUUGCUGAGAAAGGUGUGUUAGGAUCCGACCCGAAAAAUAAAAAUGGGGCCUACUUGGCCGGGUUUUCUAUGCCGUAUGAUGGGCCCACUAAUUUGAAAUCAAGAGGUUAUCAGAUGGUGACUGGGACCGUUGAUGUUGGGCUGUUUAGAAGUGCUGCCGUUGAUGAUGUUAAGAAGUUUAAGAUGAGUUUGGUUCAAGGGUCUGAUGAUGAGGAGGAGCAUGGUAAGGAUACUGAUGAGAAGUACUGGAGUGAGUGAAUUUAGAUUUUUUUUAAUUUUAAUUUGGGUUAAAUAAUGAUGUAAAACGGUGCGUUUUGUCUGUCUUCUGGUGGGACUUUUUAAUGCAGUGGUUAGUUAACUUUUUUCUGA